CACUCCUUUCGUUCUUCAAUUUCCAGAGUGAUCUUAAGUCAAGCCUUUUAAAGAUGGAUCAAAUUUACAUGAAAGAACACUAAGAUCCAUGACACCAAAUUAACAUCAUUAACAUAAAACAUAUUUUCAUAAUGUGUUCAUAUGGUGUCAUAAAUAUUGUUUCCAUUUUCUAUACAAUCAAUCAACCUUGACUUAAGACAACUUUAGUCUAAGAAUUGAUUUAUUCAGGGCAGAGGGAAAUCACACAUCAAUAGUUAGGCCAAUUUUACCUUGCUCAAUAAAGAAAAAAAAUGUCUUCAAUACAGUUCCCGAUCGCCCUCGAUCGAACUGCAGUUUUUAAAAUUCAAUAAAAGCACAGUAGGGAAGGCGCACCACCUCCUUUGUCCCUCAAAAAGAAAACCCAAAAAUAAUAAAUAAAUAAAGAAAAAAAAAGAUGUGCAGUACAGUUGGAAUUUCCGUGGCUGGCCGAUCCAGCGUUGCAAAGCCAUGCUCAAAUUUAGGCCUUGGCAGGAAGGCACCCGUCGCUGAAGCCGGUAAUUACUGGCAGCCAUCGCUUUGGAUGUUUUCCACGCGGCGGCAACACGGCUUCCUCGCUCCGUCCACAAACUCUUGUGUUCCUUCCUCCUCCACCACCUCGAUCCUCCUCGCCUGCGCCUCUCCGUCUAACCAUCUCCGGCGACACAUCGGCGACCCCAGCAUGUCAUCCUCAGAUAGUCCAAAAGUGACAGAAAGAAAAGUAGACAACGAUGGACAUGAUGAUGACGAUAAAGGAGGUUUCUUUGACAAAGUUAAGGAUUUCAUCCAAGACGUCGGCGAAAAGAUUGAAGAAGCAGUAGGCUUCGGAAAGCCUACUGCCGAUGUUACUGGGAUUCACAUACCCCAUGUCAGCCUGGAGAAGAUAGAGCUUAUUGUCGAUGUCCUUAUUGCGAACCCGAACCCUGUCCCCAUCCCUCUUGUUGACAUUGAAUACCUGAUCGAAAGUGAAGAAAGAAAGCUCGUUUCCGGAACAAUCCCUGAUGCUGGGACCAUCCAUGCUCAUGGUUCGGAAACUGUCAAAAUCCCCUUUUUACUAAUCUAUGAUGACAUUAGGAGCACAUACAAGGAAAUCGAGCCUGGAAGCAUCAUCCCUUACAAAGUCAGGGUCGUUCUCCACAUAGAUAUUCCUGUUAUUGGGAGGAUUUCUAUACCGUUAGAGAAAAAUGGAGAGAUUCCAGUGCCAUACAAACCUGAUGUUAGCAUUGACAAGAUCAAGUUUGAGCAGUUCUCUUUUGAAGAAUCGACCGCGAUCCUUCACUUGAAUUUGGACAACAAAAAUGCCUUUGACUUGGGACUGAAUUCAAUGGAUUAUGAAGUGUGGCUUGCUAAUGUGAGCAUUGCAUCGGCUGAACUGAAAGAAUCUACGAAUAUCAAGAAACAGGAAAUAACAACUAUGAACUUACCUAUCAGCUUCAGGCCUAAGGAUUUCGGUUCUGCUAUGUGGGAUAUGAUUAGGGGAAAGGGCACUGGUUACACCAUAAAGGGACACAUUGAUGUCAACACUCCUUUUGGACACAUGAAAAUACCAAUAAGCAAAGAGGGGGGAACAACUCGUCUCAAGAAGGGGGAUGAUGAUGACGACGACGACAAGGAGUAGAAACAAGGGAAUUAGUUUUCUGAAGCAGAUAACAAAUAAGAUAUAUAUAUCGCACAGUUUACUUUGCUGUUUAAGCUAUCCUAGCAUCUUAUUACAAUCUCUAGUUAGCUUUACUUCAUCCACUAUUUGUUGUAUACAUCUGCUUUAUCUGUAUUUCGAUCUUGGAAUUCAUUUAUCUUCAUAGUGCUUCUUUGUGUACGGUCAUAGUUUUGCAUCAAGGAUAUCAAAGAUGUGCAAGAGACAAAGUUACUAGUUGAUGUAUUAAAGACACUCAUCUAGUCCGUGGUGUUAUAUGA